AUUUAUUGUCCCCCGUUACGCCCUCCUACAUUUGACAACCUGCCUCCGCAAUAUGAGGACCACCUUUCUCUUCGUUUGUUGUUUUCUGUUUUGUUUACCCAGAAAGGUUUUGGUGUUUGUUCCUUUCCGUAGAGGAAGUUUAUGGCCAACAUCCCAAAGAUCGGAGUGGCCUCCUUCUUCUUCAAUAGACAUUGGAGGAAGUUUAUGGUCAACAUCCCAAAGAUCGGAGUGGCCUCCUUCUUCUUCCAUAGACAUGGGAGGAAGUUUAUGGCCAACAUCCCAAAGAUCGGAGUGGCCUCCUUCUUCUUCAAUAGACAUUGGAGGAAGUUUAUGGCCAACAUCCCAAAGAUCGGAGUGGCCUCCUUCUUCUUCCAUAGACAUGGGAGAUAAUGUCUUGGGUCUACCAUCGUCUGAUUCGUCAACAGGUUAG